AGAAUGGUUGUGAAUUCUUAUUAAAAAUUUAUAAAUUGAGUGAUAGACAAGUGAACAAUAAUAUAAAAGAAUUUAUAACGACAUGAGUAAUUUGGACAAGGAUGACGAUGAUAAAGAGAAGAAGAACAAGGAAAAGGCUAAGAAACAAAAAAGUUCAUCAGACUUUAAAUUGUUGUUAAUUGCUGUGUUCUUCUGGGUGUUCACUCCGAAAAGAUAAAUUCAAUGGUAGUUCUUAUGUAGACAUUAAUUGAUCCAACAUAGAAAUCCCAUAUAAUUUUCUUAGUCAAUGUGAUAUUUUUUGAGAAAGAAAAAACAUUUUUUAUGUUGUCCACAGAAAUUUAAUUCUUUAUUGAUUGUUAUUUGAGAAUAUAUUGAGUGUUAUUAAGUGUUAAAAAAGAAAGUAUAAAAGUAAAUAAACACACCACGAUGGGGUCUUAUCAUUCAACAUCGUCUCACACGUCUGCCGACGGUUCCCGUGAUAAUCUUGACUCAACUUCCCCCAGACCAAGAAGACCUAAAAAAAUCAUUGACAAAUUUCGUAGUCGACAGUCUUCGAGAUCAGAAUUAAGUGUUCAACAACAGACAAUUGCCGUUGAUCCAAAAAAUAUUGAAGAUGCGCAGACUCUUGAAAUCCAAAACAAGGAUUAUAAUUUAUCAGCUGAUGUUGAACAAAACGACUCUACAUUGAGAAGCAAGAAGGAAGAAGAUGAAGAAUCAGCGAAAAAUAUGGAAAAAUCAAACUUAACACUUUCAAAGUCAAAACCAGUUUCAAACGACGACCGGCUUGUUACAUGCGAGUCAACAACACAUACCAACAAACAAGACGGUGAAGCAGAAUCAACAAAGCACAACGCAGACAAAGCCGUCAGUUGUAAUUCAACCGCGACCAACGAAGCAUCGAAUCGAGCAGAUUUUCAGCAACAAUUCGACAUUAGUUUUGAUAAAAAUCAUUUCGGUGAACAAAUUAUUAAUGAAGAUUAUCAACUAGAACUUAGCAGUGAAGAUUCCGAGAAUCAAAAAAGCUCUGAGAUUAGAACAAAUCGAGCCAUCUCAACAAGUGAACAUAUUGAUGUGAAACGUGACGAUUUGAAAGCAUUUAACUUAACAAUAACAAAAUUAGAGCAACUCGAAUUAAUCGAGGCAGAUGAAACGAUUCGAAAGGUGAAAAAUGAUCAAUUAGAAUUUCAAAAUAAAGAAACGGAUAUCAGAAAUAUGCCGAUCGUUAAGAAGAAUGAACAGGAGAAUGGAGAGGACAAAGGAAUGUUCAGCGUCUCGCGUGUCAAGAAAGUGGAAUUGCCUGAGAUUUCUCUCUCGAAUGACAUUUGUGCAACACCGGAACAACAAACCGUAACACAAUCAAUUGUGUCGGGAAGUGGUAGCACGAUAAAAUCCAAUGGCAGUGCCACUUCUAGUAAUGGUGGAAAAUUCCUACAACAUAUCAUUGCAUUAACAACAUCAGGAAAAAACGACAGCAAUGUCGGGAAGUCUCCAAAGACACAACAAUCAAACUUUAUGCCUGAUAAAUUGCACUUUUCUGCAUACGAGAAAUUCGAAGGUCAAAUGUUAAUGAAUUGGUUUGGUCAGUCAAUACAAUCAAUAACUGACACAAUGACCAUCACAAUGAGUGAAAAUGAUUUAAACACCUUGACUCUUCAUUAUUGCGCUAACUUGCUGUCGGCUGGCGUUAUUAAACAAUUGGAUUCAAGCUCAUCAAGUGCUGAUACUUUCAAACCUAAUUUAAUGUAUCAAUGGACACGCAAGGAGCCGACAUUAGCGCCAUCAACACCAGGAAAAAUCGAUGCAAGCAUUGUUUGGCCUCAUUCAUCAGACAAGAAAACAAGUCCAAAGUCACGCGAAGGCGAAUCAAAAAUUCCUAAACUAAUGUCAUCAACACCAAAAGCUCGCAUUCAAAUUGUUAGCAGUUUGCUGACAAUGAAUGAUCAAAAAGUUCCCAAUGGAACUGAAGCUGAUAAAAUCAACGAAUUGAAGGCAAAACUUGCAAAAUGUGAAACAAUCCCGGAGAUGUUUUCAAUCAUCAGAAGUUUCAUAAGUGAAUGUACAACUUACAGCAGCAUGCACUCGUCAGAAUCAAGUUCAAAUAGCGGCGUCUUCUCCAACUCAAUACUCAACGGAACUGAAGCGACACUCUUCGAUCAAAAUGCAGACACCACAGUGUUCAGUGUGCUACCAAAUCGUAGAGAAUCUUUGAGUCCAUCGAAAGUUCAAACAACACCGAAAGGAAAGAAUGUGAAAUCAAGAACAACGCCAAGCACUCCGACAGGUUCAACGACACGUUUAGAUCCAAAAAGAUUUCGUCGAAAUAUGUCAGCAGAUUCUGUUAACAACACUUUGACACAAACAAAAUCGGCUGAUGCUGUGAAUGGAAGUGGAUGUAAACGAUGCAUUCAGAUGUUGACAUCGCCAGCUCGAACCAACAUUAAGCGAAUGGUUGAUAAAGCGACGGUUAUGGAUGUUGAGCCAAUAAGUUUAUUAAAAACACCAGAAAUGAUAUCGAUUGAGACACAGACUGACAAAGAAGAGAAAUGUGUUGUUGAUGUUGCUUCGAAUUCGUCUCCGAUAACAAACAUGCCCCCUCCACCUCCACCACCAUGUGCACCGAAACCUCCAGGGCCACCCCCACCACCAAUGCCAGGAAUCGGAUCAAUGCCAUCAUCAUCAAAUCCUCCUCCACCCGCACCUUUCUUAUCUCAUGGGAUGCCAAUGCCACUUCCCCCUCCAAUUGCUUUAAAUUCAGGACCAGGUAAAUCUCAAUCGCAAACUCCAUCAAACACAUCAACGUCGGCAGUUAUUGGAAAGCCCAAACCCUUGCCUUUGCCAGCUUCAGAGUUUUACCUUACGAAUACACUUCGUAAGAAUGCAGUGAAUCCUCCAAAGCCAAUGAAGCCACUUUAUUGGACGAGAAUUGUAGCACCGAUAAAAUCUGUUGACUCAACAGAUGGAAGUGCAACAUCAUCGCCAGACACUCCUGAGGAGAAGGAAAGUGAUGAAGAAGAGUUGUGGAAGGAAAUUGAUGAAACAAAAUUAGACAAUCUUGACGAAUUUACAGAAUUAUUUUCACGACAAGGAGUUGUGCCUAAAGCUAAAGUGACAGUGUCAUUGCCGAAGAUCAAAGCGAUUAAAGUUCUCGACAGUAAACGUUCACAAAAUGUUGGGAUAUUUGUUAGGAGCAUGCACUUUGAUUUUGGUGAGAUUGAACAUGCGAUUUAUCAUUGCGAUACUUCCGUUGUGAGUCUUGAGACACUUCAACACAUCAUGGAAAUUAAAGCAAAUAAUGAAGAACUGACAAUGAUAAAAGAAGCGAUUUCAAGUCAUGCUGAUGGGAAACUUAAAGAUGUUAAAUCGAAGGAUCCAAAAAUUACUCUCCUGCAUUUCAUUGUUAAAACUUGCAUUGAACGUUCUCGUAAGAAUGGAUGUGCAAUUCAUGAUCUCGUCUUACCAAUUCCUGAUCCAAAUGAUGUUGAUAAAAGCUUAGCAAUUGAUUUCGAGGAAUGUAAACAACAAUUAAAUGCUUUGAAAACAAAACUCCAAGAAUGUAAAAAAACUGCUGAGAAAGUAAUUGCUGAGUCUUCAGAAGAUUGCGUGCAACCUUUUAAAGAGAAAAUGGAACAAUUUCAAGAGCUGGCGAUAAAGAAAAUUGAAAAUCGUUUCAUGAAGUUGAGUGAAUGUCAAAUUCUUUUCAUCAAGACGGUAAAAUUCUACAAAUUUACACCAAAGAAGGGGACGAUCGAAGAAACGGCACCAGCACAGUUCUUCGAAUAUUGGAAGUCAUUCACAAGUGACUUUAAUGAUAUCUUUAAGAAGGAACUUAUUAUGCUACAAAAUGAAAUAGCAAAAAAAGCCCGUCGUCAAGUGACAAAACCACAAUCAAGGCCAACAUCAGGUGAAAACAAUUUGAAAGCUCGUAUCAAUCGCUUGAAAAACCGCAACAACUGAAACUUUAUAAAAUUUGAACAUUUUUGUGGUCACGCAAUUUGGUUCGAUGAAAACUUUUUUGUGCUUUUAAAUCAACUCAAAAAUUAUUGUUUUAUCUACAUGUUUUUAAGAACAAAAUCCUGAUGAUUCUUCUCAAUCUUAUUUAAGUACGUUUAGAUUUAGAUUAGUUACCCUCACAACUGAGUUAAAAUCUCAGUUCGCCUUCCAACAGCAACAACAUGAUGUACACGAUAUUUGAAAAGUAAGCGAUUAUCAUCGAUUCCAAGACAGAUCAAAACCAAUAAGAAAAUAUAUUUUGGAAGUAAUUUAUACAGAUAUAAAAAUAAUAAAAGAAAAGUUGUAAACUUUCACACAAUCGUAUCAAUCAAAAAUAUUUAAUUACACGAGCUUAGAUACUUAAUGAAAGAAAAUAAAAUAAAUUGGGAUAGAAAAUA